AUGCACGCUGAGGCCACGGGCCUACGUCAACAGCCCAGCACGUUCAAGAUGAACAAUCUUGUGUCCCUGCCGCCUGGCAUUAAAUCCGAAGAUAUCCCUAUUCCGAGCCGAGAAUCCAGUCGCGAGUUCUCUCUGCCGUUCAGGCCUUCUCCAGCUAAGUACCUCAAGUAUCCUGGCCUCGACAUGCCAGACAUCAUCAUCACUGAGCAGAACUAA